CAACACUGUAGGACGCGCCGCUUGUAGCUGUCACAUUUGCUUUCAUCAUAAAUCUCAUUUGGGGAAAAACAAAAAUUUUACUGGGUUAUAAUGCACUUCAAAAAAGUAUAGAAAUGGACCAGCAAUUUUCAUUGUCUUGGAACAAUUUUCACGGAAACUUGAGCAAAGGUUUCGCCGGUUUGCUCGGGAAAGGCGAAUUUGUCGAUGUUACGCUAGCUGUAGAAGGGCAUUUACUUCAAGCGCACAAAGUUAUUCUAUCAAUAUGUUCCCCGUACUUCAAGAAAAUGUUUCAAAUGAAUCCCUGUCAACAUCCUAUAGUGGUAUUGAGAGAUGUGACUCUCAAAGCUAUGAAAGAUCUCUUACAAUUUAUGUAUCAUGGAGAAGUCAGUGUUAAAAGAGAAGAUCUCACUAGUUUUAUAGGAACAGCUGAAGUUUUACAAAUCAAAGGAUUAACUAAUAAAGAGACUGAUGAUGAGGAAGAAAUUAAAGAUCUAUCUAAACAAAAUUUAGUGCACCAGAACAGUAGCCCUGAUCCUGAGUCAUGUACAUCUGAGAACUAUGAUAACAGUCCUAAUGAAUUACCAGAGAGUAAUGAACAUGAGAUAGUGAAACAAAGACAAUUUAUAGAAAAACUUCAAAGGUUGAGUCACUUAAAGAGAAAAUCAGAAGAAUUUCUGCAAAGCGCAUACUAUUCUGAUAUCUUAAACACGGAAAAACGAGCUAAAAUCAAUGACAAAAUGGCCUACAAUAAAGUUAAUAAUUUACUACACAACAGCAAUUAUGAUAAUUUUAAAAAUGUUUAUGACGAAACCCCUAUCGAUAUAACUUCUACAUUGAAUACAUUGGUGCACAAAGACAAUAUAGAUAAAGGCGAAGACAAAGAACAAUCUCCAAAUCAAAUAGAAUUAAAAACGGAAUGUGAUGAAAUAGAUAUAGUUGUGACAGAUCCUGCAGUUUGUACAACUCCAAAAAGUUACGAAGGAUCUAGAGAUGGCAAAAAUAAUACUACAGUUGCAUUGGACUAUCAGUCACCUCAGGACAAUACCACAAGUUUGAACUCAUUAUUUUUGGACUUUAAAAGCUUUGUCAAUGGUAAGGUGACUAACGCAAUGUUAAGAAUUAAUGCUAACGAAGAAUUCCCAAGACCGAUGCUUGAACAUCGUUUGACAACAAUACCACAGAAAGAAGAUGGCAAGAAGAAAUAUCCGCAACGCUCCUGCAGACUGUGCUGGAAGUUAGGAAAAAGACGGGAUACUCGAUUUAUGUGUAGUGCAUGUGAACUACCAUUUUGCAAGUCACCAUGCUUUGAAGUACACUUCAACGGUGUUUUUAAAGUAUCUCAAUUACAAGGAGACUAUUUUGCUACAUAAAAAUUACACAUCACAAACCCAAAAAGGGUAUUUUUUAUAGAUAUAAGAUUACAAUAAGAAGUGAUAUUUGGUUAGAGCAACAGAAAAAAAUGUGAAUCAAAGAUUCAAAGGAUAUUGGGACCAAAAUUUAAAUUCCUAUAAAAUAUCCUAUAAAUAUGUAAAAAAAAAACGAAAUUAUUUAUCAAUUUAUAAAUACAGCUAUAUUAUAUUUCUAUAAAAUACUUAGUAUUCAUAUAAGAAAGAUGCAUUUGAAGCAAUAUUUUAAAAUUAUGCAAAUAAUAUUUUGAUACUGUGAUAGUGUACAUUUGGAUUAAAUACCAAUUACACUGUAGUAACUGCUUUUAAUGAACCAAUAUAUUUUCUCAAAUCUUGUGACAACACAAAAUAUUGUGCCAUCAAUCCUCUGCCAUAUAUUUAAAGACUUUUUAUUGCUCAUAUUCUAGUCUAUUUAUUGUAUUAAAAUAAGUGUAAAACAUAUUACUCAAAAAAAUUAAAGCUUAAAUAUUUGAUGUUCACUUUGUAUGAGGUUUUUUGUGUAUAAUCACAAUAUUAUAGACACUAUUUAAUAUAUUAUGAUACACAACAAAGUUAUAAAAAAAUAGUCAAAUAAUUUUUUACAAGUUUAUUGUCACAUUUGUUGAGGUAGUGCGUAAUCAUGACAUGCCUAUUGUCUCCAUACUUAAAGCUAAAUUCCUACGAAAAAAAAAAAUCUCAUACUAAAUUGAACAGAUAAAUAAGAUAAUUAUAAUGAUCUCUAUGGCUUCAAGGUUAACAAAGCCAAAUCAUUUUUUUUACAUUCCUGCAUUUUGCUUUUUGACAUUUUGGCUUGGCUGAUUUUUUAUAUUUUUUUUUACAUGUAUGCGUAGUGUAAGAUGAAAAUCAUAAUAAAACUAUUUUUGUAUUCUUUGUGUGAUGUUACUACAUGAUAGUGACUUAAUAUAGUGUUUUAUAUCUAUAAUUAAACGAUUUUUUGCA